CCUCUGUGCUGCGGCUCCCUGUGGCUUUGGGAAAUAAUUGGUCAGUAUUUAAUUAAAAUGUAUUUUAUGUUAGUUUGUUAGCUUUUGAAAUGUAAUUAUGGUGAUCUUGUACAACCUAAGUGUAGCGACACAUUUCCUGCCACAUCAUAAAACGGCUCACAAUUAGCCAGCAUUCCAGCUAAGGGAGAUAGCCUACGGGGGUUUGUGAGUACGCGUCUUUUGCAGCAUCUGCGUCCAUGGGGGCUGGGUUGAGGGAAGCUGAAAAGCAAGGCUGUUUAGUUCGAAUAAAGCUAUCUUUGACUGCAGUUUACUGACACCGCUACAACGUGUUUUUAUCGCUGGCUGUCCAGACGGAAGGUGCUGAAACGCUUUGUCGCGUGUCUGGAAGAAGUGAAAACUUUCCUGGGCAGCAAAGGGCUCACCUUUCCUGAGCUGGAACAGCCAGAGUGGCUGGAAAAGCUACACUUCAUGGUAGACAUGACAGCGCACCUGAACACGCUGAACACAGCUCUUCAGGGGAAAGGACGUACAGCCCUGCACAUGUUGGAGGAUGUUUUGGCAUUCGAGCGCAAGUUGACAGUGCUUGCCAGAGAUUUACAGAAAGGCACUUUGUCUCACUUCCCCAAUUUGAGAGAGUUCAAACAAGGUCACGACAUGAUAAUUUCGGAGUAUUUACAUUCUGCAAUCAUCGCAAUGCAAACAUCGUUUGGGAAACGCUUCUGUGAGUUCAGAGAGGAAAAAAACACAUUAUCCUUCCCGGUCACUCCCUUAAGCAUCGAUCCUUCCCUACUGAAUACGACUGCAUUGGCAGGUGUGAGUCAACCUGAUCUUGAGAUGGAACUGGCCGACAUAGCCGACAAAGACAUAUGGGUGUCCAAGUUUAGACGCUUGACAGCAGACCUUGAAGAUGUUGCCCGUCAGAAGGCCGUUCUUGCUCAGAAACACAAAUGGAGUGAUAUUGAAAACCUCACAGAUGACAGCUUGCGAUCCUGUGUAAAGAUGAAGGUGACAUCAUACAGCCCUGAUGUGCAGACGCUGUGCGCUGAGGUCCAGGAGCAGAAAUCCCAUUAACCAAGAUGACAGCUGGCUGACGUUAUUUUUGGUUUGCUGCUGGCGGAAAAUUUAAGUUCGGCGUUUUUCAUAAAUACAAGAAGGACUCAAAUAGACAUUGAAUAUUUUACUUAAAAGUAACUUUCAACCCAACGUCUUUUUUUCGGAGUUCAAAAUGUUUUUGUUGCAUGCAGAAAUGUA